UGUGGCUGUGACCUGGCUCAUUCAGGCUUCUUCCAGAAGGGAGGAGAGUACAUCUGUACAGAGGACUACCAGCGCCUCUAUGGCACCAAGUGUGACAGCUGUGGAGACUUCAUCACAGGGGAGGUGGUCUCAGCGCUGGGGCGCACCUACCACCCCAAGUGUUUCGUCUGCAGCAUGUGCAGGUAGGUACUGUGGGGGCACACACAAACACACCCACACAUAUAUAUAUAUAUAUAUAUAUAUAUAUAUAUAUAUAUAUAUAUAUAUAUAUACAGUAUAUCCACCACAUUGAUCAUCACUGGCCCUCCACAUCGUAGGACAACGUUGGGCUGUAUAAUGUUUGAUUUAAAUUAGUGAGUUUACCAUGGAGACAAUGAGUGGAGGAAACAAGUAGUGAAUAAUUUGUUUUGUUGGGGAUGCUGGCAUUUAAUCAGUCCUGAAUUAAAUUGAUAAAGAAGAGAUUUCAGCAUAAUCAGAAUACAAGGGAAUGAUCAGAUGGAAUGAUCAGAUGUUUCAUCAUAUCUUCCAAGACAGGGAACAAUUCAGUGAGGAGGGACGUUAUCUUGUGAGGAGAGAAAGGGACAUGCAGCCUCUUGUUUCUGCUUGUCAUGCUGGGAUUCUAAGACCUCAGGGUUAUUACAAUGUCAAAAGCCCUCUCUCUGAUUGUGUGGUUCACUGUCACUGUUUCAGAGUCUUUGGAGGGUUUUUGAAGAGUUUGUGGUUUCUUCUAUAUUGGGCUGCUGGUUGAGAUGACUAGAGAUAUAUUGUAGUGGGAGGGGGUUAGUGAGGCCAAACACACUGCAGCAGCACGGGCCCGAGAGAGAGGCCUUACAGGCAUACUGUAGUAGAAAUAUGUGCCCAGUAUGUACAACACAAAUGACCACAUACAAGCAAAACCACAUGCACAACCCCCACACACACAUACCCUACAGCAACAAGUUCACCUACUACCCUUGCUCUGCUGGCAUUUUCUAUAAUUCCUUGAAGGGAAUUUUCCUGCCAGAUGACCUGACUUGUUCCCUCUAAGCCAUUUUAUUCUCCCACGCUAUUUGUUUUGUUAUUGUUCAGACACCCACACUCUCAACUGUCGCGUCUCUCUGUGUUUUAUAGUCUCUGUGUGGCGGACCAUGGCAGACCUGGGUCUGGUUGGUUGGUGUUGGUGGCAUGCUGUGUUGUACUGUGGAAUGCCCAGGUGGUCUGGGCAGGCAGGGGGUCACGCACGGUGGCAGGUGGCCGUAGCAGGUGGCACCAGGGCUGGGGUGGGUUUAGAGUCUGACCCACAGUAACCUCCCCACCUAGGGCCUUGAUAGGCUGAUAGCACUACUGCUAACAUGGCUGUGCGUGUAUGUCCCAUGGUGCACAGAUGUGUAUGUUAAUUCAUGUGUUUAACACUGUUUGCAAGUUGUAGUUCAAGGUUAUUACUGACCUGACACACUGUAUGGUGUUAUGAGAUGUAAUUUUGGCAGACGCUUGCCAGUGAUAUGCAAAGUGAUAGGGAAUAUACCACCAUCAGUUGUCUAGUGAAGCAGUAAAUUAUAUUGAAUGAUGGUACUGAGUAGUCCAUGUUUAAGGGUGAUGAAUCUUUACCAAAAAUUGUCCUAAUAGCGCUGCCUGUCCUGCUAGAGAUGCUGACUCUUAGCUUUCGGUGGUGGGAGCAGAGCUGGCAUUCCGCUCAUGCAGUCAGCAGUCACCACACGUAAAACACUCAUCAUCAACCACAGAUCAUCCCCACUUCUCCCAAACCUCAAUAUCCAGGGGUAGGAUGCGUUGUUUACACAAGUACAUUUAACAAUAUUAUCUGUUGUUCAUAGCACACUGCAUCGUCCUCAGCACGUUUGAAACAGCGUCUGCGUCCCAAAUGGGCCCUGGUCACAAGUAGUGCACUAUCUAGGGGAUAGGGUGCCAUUUGGGACGCAGGCAGUAUGUUUGUUUCAGUGUGCAGCAUGAAGAUCACCUCUGCUGGCCCAGUUUAACUGCUGUGGCCAAGCGGAUGUGACGCAUAUUCCCCUGCAUGCCUGGCUGCCAUGUAGCUGGAUACAGGAUCUGUCCAAUUGCCCAUCCUGACUCCAGGGAGAGUGGACUUCUCUGUGAGCCUCCCUGUCACUGGAUGUUACCGCUGAAGCCCACAGGGCCACCCUGUCAGCACACACCACACCAAAGAGAUGUGUGGUGCGUAUGUGUGUGUGUGUAUAAUGAAUGCAGAGCAGAGGUUGUGAUUUGCCUUUUGAAUGGUAGCCCUAAAUACCCAUCCUGUCUGCUUUAGUAUCUCCAUGUGUCUUAUCUCUUUUUUUGUUAAGAAUCAUUUGUCUUGGCGCUUUUCUUUGCAGGUCUUCUACAUAAUUAUAUUGUUUAAAUAGGCUAGUUGUGUCACAACCUAUUACAUUGACAUACAGUACCAGUCAAAAAUGUUACAUCGUAGAAUAAUAGUGAAGACAUCAAAACUAUGAAAUAACACAUAUGGAAUCAUAUAGUAACCAAAAAAAUUUUUAUAUUUGAGAUUCUUCAAAUAGCUACCCUUUGCCUUGAUGACAGCUUUGCACACUCUUGGAAUUCUCUCAACCAGCUUCAUGAGGUAGUCACCUGGAAUGCAUUUCAAUUAACAGGUGUGCCUUCUUAAAAGUUAAUUUGUGGAAUUUAUUUUCUAAUUAAUGCGUUUGAGCCAAACAGUUGUGUUGUGACAAGGUGGGGGGGUAUACAGAAGAUAGCCCUAUUUGGUAAAAGACCAAGUCCAUAUUAUGGCAAGAACAGCUCAAAUAAGCAAAGAGAAAGACAGUCCAUCAUUACUUUAAGACAUGAAGGUCAGUCAAUACAGAACAUUUCAAGAACUUGAUAAGAAGUGCAGUCGCAAAAACCAUCGAGCGCUACGAUGAAACUGGCUCUCAUGUGGACCACCACAGGAAUGGAAGACCCAGAGUUACCUCUGCUGCAGAGGAUAAGUUCAUUAGAGUUACCAGCCUCAGAAAUUGCAGCCCAAAUAAAUGCUUCACAGAGUUCAAGUCACAGACACAUCUCAACAUCAACUGUUCAGAGAGGACUGUGUGAAUCAGGCCUUCAUGAUCCAAAUUGAAGAUUUUUGGUUCAAACCGCUGUGUCUUUGUGAGACGCGGUGUGGGUGAACGGAUGAUCUCUGCAUGUGUAGUUCCCACCAUAAAGCAUGGAGGAGGAGGUGUUAUGGUGUGGGGGUGCUUUGCUGGUGACACUGUCUGUGAUUUAUUUAGAAUUUUAUUUAGAAUUCAAGGCACACUUAACCAGCAUGGCUACCACAGCAUUCUGCAGCGAUACGCCAUCCCAUCUGCUUUGGGCUUAGUGGGACUAUCAUUUGUUUUUCAACAGGACAAUGACCCAACACACCUCCAUGCUGUGUAAGGGUUAUUUGACCAAGAAGGAGAGUGAUGGAGUGCUGCAUCAGAUGACCUGGCCUCCACAAUUCCCCAACCUCAACCUAAUUGAGAUGGAUUGGGAUGAGUCGGACAGCAGAGUGAAGGAAAAGCAGCCAACAAGUGCUUAGCAUAUGUGGGAACUCCUUCAAGAUUGUUGGAAAAGCAUUCCAGGUGAAGCUGGUUGAGAGAAUGCCAAGCGUGUGCAAAGCUGUCAUCAAGGCAAAGGGUGGCUAUUUGAAGAAUCUCAAAUAUAAUUUGUUUAACACUUUUUUGGUUACUACAUGAUUCCAUAUGUGUUAUUUCAUAGUUUUGAUGUCUUCACUAUUAUUCUACAAUGUAAAAAAUUGUUUAAAAAAACAACAAACAAACACCUUGAAUGAGUAGGUGUGUCCAGACUUUUGACUGGUACUGUAAGUCUUCAAUUUAGGUUUGCUACGGUUCGGACAGGCCUACAUUUUAAGAGUUUGUCAUACCUAUUCACUGUGAUUAUUUUUUACCCCUUUUUUUCCUCCCCAAUUUCGUGAUUUCCAAUUGGUAGUUACAGUCUUGUCCUAUCGCUGCAACUUCCGUACGGACUCGGGAGAGGCGAAGGUCGAGAGCCAUGCGUCCUCCAAAACACGACCCUGCCAAGCCGCACUGCUUCUUGACACACAGCUCGCUUAACCUGGAAGCUAGCCGCACCAAUGUGUCGGAGGAAACACCAUACAACUGGCGACCGAAGUCAGCAUGCAUGCGCCCGGCCCAUCACAAGGAGUCACUAGAGCGCGAUGGGACAAGGACAUCCCGGCCGGCCAAACCCUCCCAUAACCCGGACGAUGCUGGGCCAAUUGUGCGCCGCCUCAUUGGUCUCCCGGUCGUGGCCGGCUGCGACACAUCUUUAUUUGUCAUCUUUAAGAUUACACAGACAAACAGGUAGAGGGUAAAAAAACUAAAGAUCCCCUACCGCAUCAACCCCACCCCAACCUCCCUUGCUCCAACAGAUCCCCACCCCAACCCCUCAUGCUUCAACAGAGCCCCACCCCAACACCCCAUGCUUCAACAGAGCCCGACCCCAACCCCCCAUGCUUCAACAGAGCCCCAACCCCCCCAUGCUUCAACAGAGCCUGACCCCAACCCCCCAUGCUUCAACAGAGCCCCAACCCUCCAUGCUCCAACAGAGACCCACCCCAACCCACCAUGCUUCAACAGAGCCCCACCCCAACCCACCAUGCUUCAACAGAGCCCCACCCCAACCCCUCAAGCUUCAACAGAGCCCAACCCCAACCCCCCCAUGCUUCAACAGAGCCCCACCCCAACCCACCAGCUUCAACAGAGCCCCCACCCCCAACCCCCCAUGCUCCAAACAGGACCCCACCCAACCCCCCAUGCUUCAACAGAGCCCGACCCAACCCCCAUGCUUCAACAGAGCGCAACCACCCCAAACCCCCAUGCUUCAACAGAGCCCCCAACCUCCAUGUUUCAACAGAGCCCCACCCCAACCCCCAUGUCCAACAGAGCCCACCCAACCCCCAUGCUCCAAAGAGCCCAAACCCCCAUGUCAACAGAGCCCCAUCCACCCCCCAUGUCCCUUCAACAGAGCCUCCCACCCCAACCCCCAAUCCCCCCCCUUGCCAAUGCUUCAACAGAGCCCACCCCAACCCCCAUGCUUCAACAGAGCCCCCACCCCCCUCUCAACUCCACCAACCCCAUGCUUCAACAAGCCCCACCCCCCAUCAUCUCAACAGAGCCCCACCCCACCCCCCCAUGCUCCAACAGAGCCCUACCCCAACCCCCCAUGCUCCAACAGAGCCCCAUCAACCCCCCAUGCUUCAACAGAGCCCCACCCUAACCCCCCAUUCUUCAACAGAUCCCCACCCUAACCCCCCAUGUUUCAACAGAGCCCCCACCCCAACCCCCAUGUUUCAAUAGAGCCCCACCCCAACCCCCAUGUUUCAAUAGAGCCCCACCCUAACCACCAUGUUUCAACAGAGCCCCACCCUAACCCCCCAUGCGUCAACAGAGCCCCACGCCUAUACCAACUCAACUAUACUCUACUCCUGAGUGGCGCAGUGGUCUAAGGCACUGCAUCGCAGUGCUAACUGUGCCACUAGAGAUCCUGGUUCGUAUCCAGGCUCUGUCGCAGCCGGCCGCGACCGGGAGACUCAUGGGCGGCGCACAAUUGGCCCAGCGUCGUCCAGGGUAGGGGAGGGAAUGGCCGGCAGGGAUGUAGCUCAGUUGAUAGAGCAUGGCGUUUGCAACGCCAGGGUUGUGGGUUCGAUUCCCACGGGGGCCAGUAUAAAAAAAUAAAUAAUGUAUUCACUAACUGUAAGUCGCUCUGGAUAAGAGCGUCUGCUAAAAUGACUAAAAUGUAAAUGUAAAAUACCAGAAAAAGAAACAAACAAACAAAAUGGAAUGAAAAGUAAAAAAUAAUGAUAUAAAUUCUUAUUUGGGUUAGUUUACGGAGUUAUGAAAUUAGCUGGGUCCAUGUCUUCUACAAAAGAUAAGAAAGGUUGCCAGAUAUGAUCCAAUUUAAUUGCAGAUCUUCUAACGGAAUAAUGCAUUUCCUUUAGUUUUAAAUGUUGCAUGACUUCCUUUAUCCAGUGGCUAAAGAUGUUUGUUUUGAUGAAUAUUUUGGGAAAGGGGCUCCAUCCUCUCUCUUUCAUGUGUGAGUGUGCCUGUGUGUGUGUCUGCAUGGAGAGUGGCACUCUAAUCAGUAUUAAUGCGAUUAGAACGGAGGUCUGGCCUUUGAAGCCGUCUCUCUCUCAUGUGCAACUAAAGAGAAUCACAUUGCCCUCCUUGACCAAAUUAAGCGCCUUCUGCUCAAAGGUUUUUUUUAGAAACAUUUUCUAAACAUAAUAUAAUCCCAAAUGCAUGCAGAAAUAAUAAUGUCUAAUCUUCUCAAUCACAUCAAAGCACCAUUAGACUCAGUGCUCAGCUGUUCAGUGUUGGGUAGUUAGUUAGCGAUACAUUAGCAAACACUUCCAGAAUGGCUGUAUAGAACAGUACCACUGCUGUGCUGUAGUCGUCUCUGCUCUGACUCCGCAGACCCUGGAUUUCACUGUCACUGUCAUUGGACAAAAGUAAAUAUGGCGCCCCCUGUAAGGACAUAACCCUACCGCAGUAUUUUCUCAUGGAUUUAUUUUGGGCAUUUUUUUAAGGGAGAAUUUACAAAAUCUAUUAUAACUGGACCCACAAACAGUACAUGAUGAAAAUUACUAAACACAAAAUGUGCAAUUGUGUAAAAUAAUAUUGCCUAGCUGUCAUUACACACAGUAUACGUACUGAAUGACGUUACGGGUUCAGCAGAAUACAUGUCUGAUUUCUUCCUUUCUCUUGUUUUCCAGAAAGCCUUUCCCUAUCGGAGAUAGGGUGACCUUCUGUGGGAAGAAGUGUGUCUGUCAGCAGUGCUCUCAUUCACUGGUCAGCAGCGAGCCAGUCAAGAUCCACGGACCCAGCCGUAAGUCUCCAUAUCAGAAUAUCAGAAGCUCUUUCUCAUAGCACAGGGCCUCAGCUAGACUUACAUGAUCAGUGUCAUACAGCACAGCAAUGGUCCCAUAGGACAAGGCUUCAGCACUGCACACUUCUCAGUGGAAUCACUAUAUCCUGAUGAUGACCUCAUGAAUUUCUGAUGCAAUAGCAGCACAUGUAGAUUAAUCUGCAACAAGGUCACAUACAGUAGAUACAUAGACCAGAUCUCAACAUACAGUAGGACAUCCACCUGUCAUAUAACCAGUGCAUACAGUUGAUAAGCCACCUCCUUUCCCAUCUUAAUCAGCCCACUACGACAGUCCCUUUAAUCUUCAUUAGAUGAAUUGUGUGUAGAGAUUUCAUGAUGUACCAUGGACACCUGGUUAAGUACAUGGAGUGCAGAGAGAGAGGGGGGAUGGUACAGUAGCAGUAACACAGUACUGGCUUGAUAUCACAUCAAUCAAUAAUAUCGCUCAUCUGCAAAUGACUGCUAUUAAUCUACCUGGCAACAGGCACAUGCUUUAAUACAGCAGUCCUCCAGUUACAGUGCAAUCAGGCAGACAUGGGCUCAUGUCAUGACCUAAAUUAAUGGGAGCAUUGAUUACAUGCUGAAAACAACUGCUCUGCUUGGCAUCUGAAGUCUUUUUAUGGUAGGAUUGUUUUAAUGGCUAUCUAUAAGAAUAAAUGAAAUUGUCACACAAUGUCCCACGGUUAUGACUGAAAAUAGAUGAUAAUUUGACUGGCAAUAUCAGGUAUUUGAACUGAGUCUCCCAGGAUCCAGGCAGGACUGGUACAGUGCCUACCUGCCCUGAGGAAGUGGUGUUGUGUUGGCCACCUUGCCCUCUCCAGAUGGCUACACUGUCCAUGUGCCACCACGUGGAAAUACUGCCUUCCUGUCCAGCAAAGCCAUUUCCCUAUGGUUAUUAACUGGAAUAUACUGUUUUACCUGAGAACAGCCAGAGCGGAUGCCUGUUAAGCCACCGGGUGUUUAUAUAGUAAAAAGCUCAGUAUGGGUGUGGGUGUGCCAGGCAGAGUAGCCGUGACAAACAGUGCUGAGCCAGAGUGAUGAGAAACGUCUGUUUACCAAACAGCCCAUACAGUAGGCUGCAGAGUCACAUCAGACGAGGACUGAGGAGCCCUGGGUAUGCCCGUUGUGACCUGAGACUGGAGUGUGAAAAAUGUACAGGCAUGGCUGAGCUGAAGAGUGUUUUUUUUAUAUUUAUUUUUAUUUCACCUUUAUUUAACCAGGUAAGCCAGUUGAGAACAAGUUCUCAUUUACAACUGCGACCUGGCCAAGAUAAAGCAAAGCAGUGCGAUAAAAACAACAACAACACAGAGUUACAUAUGGAAUAAACAAAACGUACAGUCAAAAACACAAUAGAAAAUCUAUAUACAGUGUGUGCAAAUGUAGUAAGUUAUGGAGGUAAGGCAAUAAAUAGGCCAUAGUGCAAAAUAAUUACAAUUUAGUAUUAACACUGGAGCGAUACAUGUGCAGAAGAUGAUGUGCAAAUAGAGAUACUGGGGUGCAAAUGAGCAAAAUAAAUAAUAAUGUAAAUAACAAUAUAGGGGAUGAGGUAGUUGGGUGGGCUAAUUACAGAUGGGCUGUGUACAGGUGCAGUGAUCGGUAAGCUGCUCUGACAACUGAUGCUUAAAGUUAGUGAGGGAGAUAAGUGUCUCCAGCUUCAGAGAUUUUUGCAGUUCGUUCCAGUCAUUUGCAGCAGAGAACUGGAAGGAAUGGUGGCCAAAGGAGGUGUUGGCUUUGGGGAUGACCAGUGAGAUAUACCUGCUGGAACGCAUACUAUGGGUGGGUGUUGCUAUGGUGACCAAUGAUCUAAGAUAAGGCAGGGAUUUGCCUAGAAGUAAUUUAUAGAUGACCUGGAGCCAGUGGGUUUGGCGACGAAUAUGUAGUGAGGGCCAGCCAACGAGAGCGUACAGGUCACAAUGGUGGACCCAUUACGGACGCAGGCAAUGAGGCAGUGAUUGCUGAGAUCCUGGUUGAAGACAGCGGAGGGUAAAUUAGUCAGGAUGAUAUCUAUGAGGGUGCUCAUGUUUAUGGAUUUAGGGUUGUACCUGGUAUGUUCCUUGAUAAUUUGUGUGAGAUUGAGGGCAUCUAGUUUAGAUUGUAGGACGGCCGGGGUGUUAAGCAUAUCCCAGUUUAGGUCACCAAGCAGAACGAACUCUGAGGAUAGAUGGGGGGCAAUCAGUUCACAUAUGGUGUCCAGGGCACAACUGGGGGCUGAGGGGGGUCUGUAGCAAGCGGCAACAGUGAUAGACUUAUUCCUGGAAAGGUGGAUUUUUAGAAGUAGAAGCUCAAACUGUUUGGAUGAUACAGUGUAAAGGAUGAUACAUUCAGUAUAGGUGAGUUUGGAGUAGGACUCUACAUCUCUCUCUGUGAGAGUAGGGCAGGAGUGGGGGACAGGCGAGACGUCGACUUUAAAUGAGAACAAAUGGGAGCCCGACCUUUUCCGACGUUUAUUGUCAUGAAUCUUGCCCUGGAGGCAGAACUGAGCGAUUUCCACUAGAUGGGCCAACUGCAAAGUCAAAAUUGUCUAUAUAGUAAAAAUGUAUGAAAACAACAAUUUAUUUAAGGUUAGGGUUAGGCAUUAGGGCUAACAGUGUGGUUAGGGUUGAGGUUAGGGUUAGGUUUAAAAUGCAGUUUUGCCUCCAUGGCAAGAUUCAUGACAAUAAAUGCCAACCUUCCCCCGUCACGGCCAUGAAUCAUCGUCUGCCAUAACUCCCUCUGCUCCUCUCCACUCAUCUACUCCAGCCGCUACACCCACAGCCUUCAGUAGAGCUACUCAAUGCUCUGGACUGUAUCUGUACUGGGUUGUACAUCACAUCUGAGCUGGUGCACGUUUGUGAUUCCUUACCGGAGAGACUACACGUUUGGUUCAAUAUUGUUUUGUCCCCUCUUGCCACUCUUCCAUUUUCAUUCUCUGUUUAUUCUCUGUUCAUCUCUCUCUCUUCUCUCUCUCUCUCUCUCUCUCUCUCUCUCUCUCUCUCUCUCUCUCUCUCUCUCUCUCUCUCUCUCUCUCUCUCUCUCUCUCUCUCUCUCUCUCUCCUCUCUCUCUCUCUCCCUCUCUCUCUCCUCUCUCUCUCUUCUCUCUUCUCUCUUUCUUUCUCUCUCUCAGACUGUGCUGGCUGUAAGGAGGAGAUCAAACAUGGCCAGUCCCUCCUGGCCCUGGAGAAGCAGUGGCAUGUCAGCUGCUUCAAGUGUCAGACCUGUGGCACUGUGCUGACCGGGGAGUACAUCAGCAAGUAGGUGCACUCUGUGGUAACAUCACAAUACCAGUAGAGUACUAGUAGUAUAUAGUAUAGUAGUAGUAAACAGUACAUUCCUCACUCUGAGUCAAGCAGAAGAAUCCUCCUACAUAUGCACUGUGCAUUUACUGCACACAUAGCUGCGACAUGCCAUCCCAUGGACUGUAUCCAUCUGUUAUUAUGGACUGUUAUCAUUUGAAAAAAGACUAGCUACUGACUGUACUAUGUGUGUGUUUAUCUGUGUGUGUGUCUGUGUGUUCUCAGGGAUGGUAUUCCAUACUGUGAGACUGACUACCACGCCCAGUUUGGCAUCCAGUGUGCAACGUGUAUCAGAUAUAUCAGUGGCAGGGUGCUGGAGGUGAGUCUGUCUGUC